AUGUGGGCUGCACCUCUUUCUCGGCUGGUCCUCCUGCUGUGGGGGACCCUGCUGAGGGCUGGGACCCCCAGAGAAGAGGCUUUACCUGGGGAGUCCCCUGCAGGCACUAGGGGUCUCAUCUUCAACCAAGACUGGGACUGGCCAGCUCCCCGGGUCUGGCCUCCAAGCAGCCAGCAAGACUCCCUGUGCCUGGUGACGCUGGGUGGAAGUGGCAACGGCAGCAGCGCCCCCCUGCGGGUGGUGGGAGCCCUAAGGGGCUAUGAGCAGGCCUUCCUGGAGGCCCUGCAUCAGGCCCACUGGGGGCCCCGUGACCUGGCCACCUUUGGGGUCUGCACCCCCAGCCAUGAGCACACUGCCUUGACCCCUCUUCAGUCGCUUCAAGCGUGGCUGGGGGAGCCACAUGGGCAGCUGCUGGUGGUCCUACACCUGGAGGAAGUGACGUGGGAGCCAAUGCCCUCGCUGAGGUUCCAGGAGCCUCCACCUGGAGAAAGCCCCCCAGAGCUGGCGCUGCUGGUGCUGUACCCGGGGCCUGGCCCAGAAGUCACUGUAACAGGGGCUGGGCUGCUGGGCACCCAGAGUCUCUGCCUAUCCGGGGACACCAGUUACCUGGCGCUGGCUAUGGACCAUCCCGAGGGGGCUUGGCAGGGCCGGGGACUCGUCCUAACCCUGCAGCACCGUGGAAACGGUACCUCCCUGAGCACCGCCCAGCUGCAGGCGCUGCUAUUUGGCACCGACCCGCGCUGCUUCACGAGGAUGACCCCAGCCCUGCUCCUGUUGCCUCGGUCGGAACCUACGCCCAUGCCUGCGCAGGGUCGUCAGGAUACUGUGCCCUUCCCCUCACCCAGUCCAACCCUGGAGCUUAAGGAGCCACAGCCCAGCGCCGACCCCUUCCUGGAGACCCUCACGCGCCUGGUACGUGCUCUGCGGGGUCCCCCAGCCCGAGCCUCGCUGCGGAGCCUGGCCCUAGACCCUGCCGCGCUGGUAGGCUUCCCACAGAGCCUGGUCAACCUGUCGGACCCCGUGGCACUGGAGCGCCUGCUUGACGGCGAGGAGCCCCUGUUGCUGCUAUCGCCUGCCUCUGCCACUGCCGGGGACCCCAUGUCGCCGCAGGGCCCGGUGUCCUCGCCCUGGGCAGCGGACCUGGCGCACCGUGUGACCUCAGAACUGCAGGCAGCUGCCGCUGAGCUGCGCGGCCUCCCAGGGCUGCCGCCCACCGCCCCACCGCUGUUGGCGCGACUGCUCGAGCUGUGCCCUGGGGACCCGGGGGACUCAGGCGGUCCCGGUGGCCCGCUGCGCGCGCUGCUACUGCUAAAAGCGCUGCAGGGCCUGCGCACAGAGUGGCGUGGGCGGGAGUGGAGUGGACCGGCGAGGGCACAGCGCAGCGCUGGGGCCCGGGCCGCAGACGGGGCGUGCGCACUUCGAGAGCUGAGUGUGGACCUUCGUGCUGAGCGUUCCGUUCUCAUCCCGGAGACAUACCAAGCCAACAACUGCCAGGGCUCCUGCGGCUGGCCGCAGUCAGACCGCAACCCGCACUACGGUAACCACGUGGUCCUGCUGCUCAAGAUGCAAGCCCGUGGGGCUACCCUGGCACGCCCGCCCUGCUGCGUGCCCACAGCGUACGCGGGCAAGCUGCUCAUCACCCUGUCGGAGGAGCGCAUUAGCGCGCACCACGUGCCCAACAUGGUGGCAACCGAGUGCGGCUGCCGAUAA